AUGCGAUCAGCCUCCGUUAAGCCCUCGGUAUACCCGCCGCUGCCAUUUCAUCUCAUCCGCUUCCUGAUAUUCCUCUCCUCAACCGUGGUAGGCGUGAUCUUGGCGGUGUUUACCUACCACCUCCACGCCGAUGGCUUCAAACUACCAUAUGCAUUCAUCGUGCUCUUCGUCUCAGCAGGCCUCUCCAUCUUCAACAUCCUCCUAACCUCAGUAAUCCACUGCAGCUGCGGCCUAUCAACAAAACUCUCCAUAUCCGUCAACAUCCUCCUAACAAUCCUCUGGGCCCUAUCCCUAGGCCUCCUAACCUGGAGCCUAGCAAGCACAAUAACAACAUCCUGCAUAGCAGACUACUGGGGCAACUCGACCGGCAUCGCCGUGUGCAGAAGCUACAAAGCCCUCUUCACAUUCAAUAUCACCGGCCUGGUCAGCUAUAUCGCCGCGGUCUGGUUAGACGUGGUCGUGCGCCGUCGCCAGACCCGUCUUGGCGUCUACGACCCCAUGGGAUCCCAUCCAGGCCUCGAUAACUCGGGCGCCUUCGAUGUGAAGAUGGAUGACCGCCACAGCGAGUCCACACCCGCCUUGCACGAUUAUGAUAACGUCCCCCCCGCGAUGUCCGGUGCCUACCCCCAGGCACAUGCGCAAGUGCCGCCCGUUUAUGAGCGCAAUUUGGAAUAUGCUCAUGCGGGUGAUGCGCAGAAUUAUUAUGAAACUGCGCCUGGGAUGAGUCACCGUAGUGCGCCCAGAGUGCGAUUUAGUGCUUAUGAGCAGGAUGGUCAUCAGAGGCCUGCGGAGCAUACUGGGUAUGACCCUGCUAUGUAUCGCUGA